AUGUCUUCCUCUCGACUGCCGCUCUUCUCCCUGGCGCCAUCAUUAGCGAUACACACACCAGCCUCACCCAUAUCCGUUGCCCAAGCCUGGCAGAAGUCCUACCCAGCUCCCCAAUGUCCCUUCACAGCAGGGACGGGCGCCUCCUCCACCCUCCCGCCCUUCCUCAACCUCUCCCAAGGAGUGCCUGGCCAGCUCCCCUCCGCCGCCUUCCGCUCUCGUCUAAGAGACGAAGCUGCCAAAGAUCUGCAUCACUCCUACAGCCUCGCCGCUCCUGCUCUACGGCAGAACCUCGCCAGGCAAAUCAACGAAGUGUACCGCCGAGGGGAGGAUGCGGAGGGAAGGGGAGCAGUGGGAGAGCAUGACAUCUGCGUCACUGCGGGCUGCAAUAGUGCGAGCGAAUUUGUGUUCCGAAUGCUAUGCCAGCCGGGAGCAAACGAGGCCGUGGUCAUCCCCACGCCAUUUUACUUCAACCACUCGAUGCAGCUUCUCUCCCUCUCUGUAGAGCCAGUACCUCUCCCUUCGUCUCCUCCCGCGUACCUUCCGUCUCCCACCGCAUUCGAAUCGCUCCUCAAGGAGCACUCCGCCUCGCAGAGCCUGCCCAAGAUCAAGGCCCUCGUCCUCGUCACACCCAACAAUCCCACCGGCUCCAUCUACCCACCGCAGCUGAUUGCCGAGUUUGGGAAGAUUUGCAAGAGGGAAGGGAUCGCUUUGGUGCUGGAUGAGACGUAUAGGGAAUUUCUGAUUAGCGAUGAGGAGGAAGGGGGUGUCAAGGCGCCUCAUGAGCUGUUCAAAGAUGGGCUAGGGGACGAUAAGGAGUGGGAGUGGAGACAGACCGUGAUACACCUCUACUCCUUCUCCAAGUCCUUUGCCAUCCCAGGCCACCGCCUUGGAGCCAUCAUCUCUCACCCCUCCCUCUUCUCCCCUCCACCGCCAUCACCUACUACUCCCGCAACCUUUGGACCUCUAGCCAAGGCGCUCGACAAUACUCUCAUUGUCCCACCACGAGUGGACACGCAGAACGUUGUAGCCUGGAGCAUGUUCGACGAAGAUGAGGUACGCGGCAGGAGAGAGGUCGCACGGGAGCUCAAGAGGCGAGGGGAAGUCUUUCGGCGCGGCAUGAAGCGGGUCAUUGCCGAGGGCGACUUCGAAAAGUGGGAGCUGGGGGGUAGUGCGCUUGCGGGAAAGAGUCUAGCGGAGCUAGGCUGGGAGAUUGAGAGUCUGGGUGGGUACUACGCCUUUGUCCGGCAUCCCUUCAACCGGGACGUGCCACAGGGCGAGGAGCUCCUCUCCUCGAGUCAGGUAGCCGAGGCACUCGCAUCCCUCUUUGGCGUGGGGAUCCUAGCAGCUGAUGGGUUCAUGCCUGAUCAAAGCAAGGCGGUCGCUAGGGACGUGUGUGCGAACCUGCUCCGCUUUUCGCUGGCGAAUGUGGCGGACUCGAGGAUCUUGGAGGAGGAUCUGCCGGUGAGACUGGCGCUGAUGAGCCGCUUUGUUGAGCUAAGGGGCAAGAAGGCAGUGUUUCGCAGCGGAUCAUAG